AUGUUGACAAAUGUUUUUGGCAAAACUUCCAUUGAUUUUUUGGGCCACCGAGUUGAUUGCAAUGGCAUUAGUCCACUCCCCGAGAAAGCACAAGCGAUUGCAGACUACUCCAUGGCUCGAUCUUUCAAAAGUCUCCGUCGUUUUCUCGGCAUAGUGAAUUACUACAGCCGUUUCAUACCAGAUUGCUCUGGGCUACUCCAGCCAUUGACCGAUUUACUUCAAGGCAGGUCACCAAAAUUCGAGUCCACUCAAGGAGCUAUUGAUGCAUUCGACAAGAUCAAGCACGCGUUGUCCAACGCUACCGCGCCUAGUCAUUUGAGGACUGAUGUUGACACCACUCAUCCUCAAGACUGA